AUGGAACAAUUCAUAGCUCCAAGAGUCAAUAAAAAACACCUAAGCAAAUUUUAUAGCAAAAAUGUGCGAAUAAUUGGAAAGGUCUUAAAAAAGGAUGGAAACGAAUUAACUUUGUUAGCAUGCGACAAUGAAGAAAUAAAAUGCAUUUUAACUGAUAACCAAGUCGAGGAACCAUUAGAUCAAUAUGUAGAAGUUUUAGGAAAGGUAAAUGAAGAUGACACAAUAAGCGAUAUUGUGUACGUCCAAAAUGGAGGUUCUUCAAUAAAUUUAAAUGAAAUAAAUAAUUUAGUAAAUCUAACAUUCUUAGAAGAACUAGAAGGAGUAUUUUAA